GCAGCCAUGGGGUGCCCCAGGACAUAGUUUGGGAAACGCUGCUCUAGAUAAAAGGCAAAGUAUAGAAAAUAUAAAAGCAGUGUGGUAUUCAUUAUUGUAUAACAAUACGAAAUCGAAGAAAAUAGAGAAUAAAACAGAUACCUGUACAAACAGUCUUAGGAAACUUACUGAAAAUAAGAAGUGUCAAGGGGAAGAUGUUGUGUUGGGCGGCUUUGUGAUUUAGCAAUCAGUAUUACUCAUUGGUUACAUUUUCUAAUGUCCAAAUCAGAAGUCUCAUGUCCCUUGAUCUCUGGCAUCACUUGUUAUCUCGUCCUUCUGUCUGUGUUUUUUCUUCUCUUAGUUUGAUCAUUUGGCAAGCUAUAUUUAUGUUAAAAUGCACAUGUAGGGUUUGGGGACAUGUGACAUUGCACACAUUUGAUUGACUAUCUUGUCCUGAUGACAAAUAACUCUGAUCAAAGUGUUUGAACUUUUAAAUACCUGUUCACUCUUUCCCUUCUCAAGCUGUAAACUAUUUCUGUAAUGUCUAACCCUACAGCAUCCAUAUGUUCUCAGGAUAUAAAUUCAUUAAAACAGGUUCUGUGACAUCAGUACAGUACUUAUUUCCCAUUCCCAUGUCAUGAACUAAUUGGAAUAGAAUCUGACUGGAACAAAUGUCUAAAUUACAUAGUAUAAUAUGAAAGAAUUCUUUGAAUGCCUGUAAAUAAAGUACUGUAGAUUCAGUUCAUCCUAUCUUUUGUAAAACAGGACACAAACAACGAUAAAGAGUUGGGCCACCACCUUGGUGACCCUAUAAAAUUGGAAGGUUUAGAGCAGGAAAAAUACACUCAGUAAUUGCAGGUAUGUCUAUGCAGACACAAGUUCAUCACAGAACUGAAUUCAAGAUGGCUGAUUUCUGGGUUAUGAGGUCAAAAGUCAGAAAGAGGAGGGUCAAGAGUGGACGGACACAAAAGUGAUAUCAGUUGUGGAGUGGCUUUCAAUCUUCCUUUCUGCAGAGACAGAAGAAGAGGAGGUGUUAGCUUACAAUGCUAAGCACUUGUCUGAGGGAACCAGUGGAGUUUAAAACACAUGCUUUCACAGAAUUUGGUAAAUGGAUGGAUGGAUGGGAGACCCGAAGAAAAAGGAUUCCAGGUCACGACUGGUGCAUAAUAAAGCUGGGAGUGCCAGGAGUCAUACAUGGCUUUGAUGUUGACACUUCAUUUUUUACAGGAAACUAUGCUCCUCAUAUCUCUAUUCAGGCUGUGUGCCUGCAGCAGGAUGUAAUCAAAGAACUGCAUCUGAGAGGAGAUAAAAUGGGAACUGCAGCGUCAGAGGAAGAAUACCAGUGCAUCAAAAAGAUGUGCUCUGAAUCCUGGGUUGAGUUAGUAUCAUUUUCAAAAGUUAAACCAGGAUAUACUGACACAUGUCAUAAUUACUUUCCUGUGAGCUGUACACAGAGAUGGACCCACAUUAGACUUAACAUUUACCCUGAUGGUGGAAUUGCACGUUUAAAGGUGUAUGGUAUUGGACAGAAAGACUGGUCUGAAGUGUCUCCCACCCAGAAGGUAGAUUUGGUAGCUCUCGUAAAUGGAGGUGUUUGCAUUGGCUUCAGCGAUGCUCACUUUGGGCAUCCUCGUAAUAUGAUAGGAGCAGGAACAGCCAUCAAUAUGGGGGAUGGAUGGGAGACUGCAAGGAGACUGGAUCGUCCUUCUGUUUUAACAGUUGAUGAAAAUGGAAUAUUACAGGUGCCUGGAAGUGAAUGGGCUGUUUUUAAACUGGGACACAUUGGUGUGAUAACUGAGAUUCAGAUAGACACCACACACUUUAAAGGUAACUUCCCAGACUCCUGUAAAAUUGAUGCUUGCUCAAUGACAUCAGUGGAAGAAAUGACUAGAAAGUGGGAAAGUGAUGAUGUGACUGAUUGGAAACCUCUGCUAGUAACACAAAAGCUGAAACCACAUCAUCAGCACUUUUUCACAGGAAGCUCAAUACAGCUGACUGAAGCUGUUACUCAUGUGAAAAUCACCAUGGCACCAGACGGUGGCAUUAGCAGGAUGCGGCUCUGGGGAUAUCUGCGCUCCUCACCUUCUAAAUAAUUCCAUUCUGCAGUCAGAAUAUCUGAUAAAUUAAUAAUGCUUUUAUUUUUAUCUCUACUAUUCAUUAAUUCCGUUGAGGUAUGCUGUUGAUAUUAUAUGUUAAAUACAAUAUGCUUAAUAGUUUUUAACAUUCUGUUUAUGGUAAGGACAUAGCAUUUGGCCAAAUAAAUGGUUUAAUAU